CUAUAAAACUGUAAUUGAUCCUCCCCCUCUCUCCAAUCCACCAUUUCAAGUUCACAGAUCGAUCUCGAUCGAGAGAAAGAGAGAGAGAGAGAUGAAAGGGAUCAGGAUUCCGGCGCCGUUCCUAUUCCUCACCGCUCUUCUUCUGCUAACUUCAGAAAUUACACUCCUCCAUCCAGCCUUCGCCGCCGCCGCCAACACGACCUACAUAAGAAUCUCGUGCCAAAACACUACCUACCCAGGCCUCUGCUACACAUCCCUCUCCCCCUACGCCUCCGCCGUCCAGACCAGCCAGUGGCGCCUCUGCAACGCCGCCCUCUCCGCCACCCUCCAGGCCGCCCGCAACGCCUCCCUCUCCGUCGACAACCUCUCCAAGCAGAACGGCGUCACAGCCCAUGAGGCCGCCACCAUCAGCGACUGCGCCGAUAACAUCGGCGACAGCGUCGACGAGAUCCAGAAAUCCAUCAAGGCUUUCGCGAGCCUUCGCCGCAGCGGCGUCGACAAGAAGUUCCAGCUGGCUAACAUCAAGACCUGGAUGAGCGCCGCCAUCACCGACGAGUACACUUGCACCGACGAACUCGCCGACGGGAAGGUGAGCGCCGGCGUGAAGAAGCAGAUCCAAAAGAAGAUUGGGCGCUUCAGCAGGCUAACGAGCUUUGAUGUGGUAAUGUCUGGAAAAGUUCCUGCUUCAUUAAAAUUCCUAAGUAAUCCAAGAUAUGUUUCUCUUCCAUCAUCCAGGAGCUUCCAAUCAAAAUUUCUAGUUGUUACUUGCCCACAUGAGACUGUUUUGCCCAUGGAGUGGAGAGUCCACCCAUCGUUGUGUUUCUCUCUUGGAGCUCGUCAUUCAUCAAUCAGCAUUUGCAAGAGGUUCGAUUGGUCAAUCAGGAGCAGAACAGAUGGCAAUGAUUUGGAUUCCCCUCCAGGUAAUGACCCAAGCAGUAGGACCCGACUGUUUAGGGCCAUUCAAGCUCUUCUGGUGAAGGUGAAGUCAAGAAUCCUGGAAAUCAGGAGGGGUUUUUUCAUGAAAGCACUGUUUUUCUUGAUUGGGUUUUAUUGUGCAACAGCCUUUUCGACUGUCAUAGGACAAACUGGUGAGUGGGAUAUAUUUUCUGCUGCCUUGGCUGCGAUUGUGGUUGAGGGCAUUGGUGCUCUCAUGUACAAAGCUUCUUCUUCUUUACUCAACAGAAUUAGGAGUCUCAUUACCAUGUUUAAUUAUUGGAAAGCUGGGCUUUCCUUGGGCCUUUUCUUGGACGCAUUUAAAUAUGAAAUAGAUAACAUUCUUGGGUUUCCCAACCCUUUUAAUUUUGAAUUAGAUGCGUUUCCCCUGUUCUUAUGA